AUGACGAGUGCAAACCUUGACUGCCGCAAGGAUAUAAAUAAUCCGGAGGACAAAGCAAUUAUAUGGAAAUCUCUCUUCAUAAAAGUGAAUAAUAUUUUGAAUGAAACCCAGAGGUUGGACAAAAAUUUGGAGGUGUUGAAUAAAAGAUUAGAUACUCUGGAAGGUGAUUUGAAAAAAUCCUGUCAAAACUCACAAAAAUGGACAACCAUACAGAGACGUCAGGAUGACUCGGUACAUUUUAAUCGUUCGUGGAAUGAGUAUGACAAUGGUUUUGGUAAUCCGGAUGGCAACUACUUUAUGGGUCUUCAGCGUAUCUAUGAACUGACCAAUUUCGGUGGACCACAAGAAUUGUUAAUUGUAUUAAAAGAUUUUGAAGGCGUGACACGUUAUGCCAAAUAUGAACGUUUUCGUAUUGGCAGUGAGGAGGAGAAAUAUGCUCUGCUGGAUGUGGGUGGUUAUAGCGGUGAUGCUGGCAAUAGUUUCGAAAUACACAAAGGACACCCGUUUACCACCUAUGAUAGGGAUAAUGACAAUAAUCCGGAUAGAAAUAAUGCCGUAAUUUUUGAGGGUGGCUGGUGGUUCUUUGGUUUAGGUUAUCAUGGCUAUUUAAAUGGACCAUAUCGCCAAGAGAGCGAAUCAAAUAAUUGGGGAAUAAGUUGGCAUGAAUUUCGUAUGUGGAAUAGAUCCUUGAAAUAUGCUCAAAUGAUGAUUCGUACAAAAUGUUAA